ACAACAACGACUCGCACUUGUCUUACUUCUACUCUCACUCUCUCUCUUUCUAUUCCCUCUCAUAGCCAUUAAACUCCUCUCCCUCUUGCUCUGACUGCCCUUCCUCCAACUCCGCUUACUUAUAUCAACAGCUCGGCCACCUCAAAUGAACUCGACCAUCCCACAGUUCCCACACUCCAGUCACGUGGUCUCCAUCGCUGCCGUGUAAUAAGCAAGCAGCAGCAACAACAGCGAGAAAUGCUAUGUCGAUCCUCUUAGGUGUUUUCCUUCUUUGUCUCCUUUACGGAAUCAUCCGUUUGCUCAAUUUUUGCAGCCCUUCUUUUUCACCACAGCUUUACUAUGACCACAAUUCACCAUUCGUCCAAAAUAUCAUACAAUCAUGUUCCCUUCUUCGACAACCUUACAUCCCACUGUUACUAUGGGGUAAGAAUGGCCAUUUACAGACGCUGGUUUGUGGUGUGCGUGGGCGAAACAAAGAUGUGGACAACUGGAAAGAAAGACGGGAACUAAAGAUGGAAGAUGGAGCAACAUUGACGUUUGAUGUAUUCCAACCAAUUAGAGAACACCCACAUGGAGACUUUACAAUAGUUGUGUGCCCUGGCCAUGGAAGCAACAGUGAGAGCUGUUACAUUGGUUCAUUUGUCAGCCAUGCACAGAGUCAAGGUUACCGUGUUGUCAUCCAGAAUCACCUUGGGACACUAAAGGAUGUCAAACUCACUUCACCACGAGUUUUUAACUAUGGUAACACUGACGAUUUCCAUAGCAUCACACUUGAGAUACAAAAACUUUAUCCGGAUACUAAAAUGAGUUUAGUUGGUUUUAGUAUGGGGGCCAAUAUUGUUCUCAAGUACCUCGGAGAGAAUUUUGAAAAUCAGAAGCGCUUUCUCUGUGGCCUGUCAAUUUGUCAAGGAUAUGAUGCUAAUUUAGCUGUGUCCCACUACUUUGACACCCUGAGUCCAUGCAGUGCCUACUUAUUGCUGUUGACCACUCGCCAGAAAUCACUGCUGUGGGAACAUAAAGACGUAUUGUUCAGUGAUGAAGCGAAGAACAGAUAUGGAGCCCUAGAUGAGGAUCGCAUCUUUAACUCACCCACUCUCUUGGAAAUUGAUGAAUAUUACAGCCGGUUAGUGAAAAACAAUUCCUGUUCAACCCUCUUUGUCACUUUUCAAAAUUUUUUUUUUUUUAAACAUUUAUUUUUCCCUGAUAACAUUAGUGAAAUAGUUUCUGUUAUGCAAAUUCAGAUAUUUGCAUACCACUUUGUUUGCUUUGAGAGCUGGGGUUUUUUAUUUUUAUGCUGGGGGAUUGUUUUUUGGUGGGGUGGUUUUGUUCAUCAAGAUCAAGAAAGAAUUUUCUACAACAUGCUGAAAGAAGACACCAAAGGUGCUAAAAAGCCUCUGUAUAACUCGAUCAAAAUUCCAUUAUUGUUACUCAAUGCUGCUGAUGAUCCUCUCGUCCCUCAAGAUCUUUUAAGAAUACCAAAAACUCAAGCAAUGAAUAAUGACAAAUGUAUUAUGGCUGUGACAACACACGGAGGACAUCUUGGCUACCUUGAAGGUGGAAGCUUCUUUCCAAACGAAAUCUCUUGGUCGGAUAAGCUUAUUGUCCAAUAUUUGGACACAAUCAUCUCACAACAUAUGGCCAACAUUGCUGAACUACAAACCUAGUGAAAUCGGACCAAAUAAAUCAUCAUUGUUAAAUAUAUAAUUAUUAUCAUUACUGCUAUUAUUAAUAAUAUUGUUAUUAUUGCUUUCGCUAUCUGUUUAUUACUACUACUUUUAUAUCAUCAUUACCAUCCUCAUCAUCCUCAUCAACAUCAUCAUAUCAAAGUGGCGAGCUGGCAGAAUCGUUAGCAUGCCAGACGAAAUGCUUAAUGACAUUUCAUCCAUCUUUAUGUUCUGGGUUCAAAUUUCACCAAGGUUGACUUUGCCUUUCAUCCUUUCGGGGUCGAUAAAAUAAGUACCAGUUGAGCACUGGGGUUGAUGUAAUUGACUAACCUCCUCCCCCAUAACUUCAGGCUCUGUGCCUAUAGUAGAAAGUCAUUAUUAUUAUCAUUAUUAUUAUCAUUAUUAUUAUUAUCAUUAUUAUUAUUAUCAUUAUUAUUAUUAUUAUUAUUAUGUAAUGAAUGCUGUGAAGUCAUAGUAAAGUUCCUGGUGAAACUUAUUCUGCAAUUCAGUUUCAAUGCUUCCCUUCUGUCUAGUAAAAGCAUGUGUGUUGCAACUCCCAUUCCUUUCCAUGCUAUAUAAUGUCUAAGCUGUAAGCAUCAUUAUCAAUGCUAUUAUUAUUAUUAUUAUUAUUAUUAUUCUGCUAAGGUCGACUUUGCCUUUUUUCCUUUCGGGGUCGGUAAGAUUAAGCACCAGUUGAUCACUGGGGUCAAUGUAAUUGACUUAUCCCCUCCCCGAAAAUUUCAGGCCUUGUGCCUAUAGUAGAAAGGAUUAUUAUUAUUAUUAUUAUUAUUAUUAUUAUUAUCAACAUCAUUAUUUUUAUUGUCAACAUCAUUAUUAUUUUUAUCAUCAUCACCAUUAUUAUUAUUAUUGUUAUUAUUAUUAUUACUCCUGUCAUGUAUUCUGCUGAACUCUUCCAUGUAUAUGAGCUAACUAGAGAGGCUCUUGCUACCAAUAGGCGAAAUUUGGGUAUAAUUUCCAUAAACUGUAUGUAUAUUUAUGUGUGUGUGUGUUCCAUAUAUAUAUAUAUAUAUAUAUAUAUAUAUAUAUAUAUAUAUAUAUGUAUAUAAAUGGACUGUGAUGUAAUUAUAGUGAUAUCAGUAUGUUGAUAAUACCAAUUUUUUUUUUACAUUAAUAAUGUACAUGUGGUUAUGUAUGAAGUUAUGUAAUCUGCUGAACUCUUCCAUGUAUGUGAGCCAACUGGAGUGGCUCUUGAUAUUACAAAUCCAAAUUUGGGUGUAUAAUAUGAUCUAUAUAUAUAUAUAUAUAUAUAUAUAUAUAUAGUGAUAUACUGUGAUGUAAUUAUGGUUAUAUUAAUACAUUAAUUAUAAAAGUUAUGACAUAAGUUGGUUAGAUAUUGGGAUAUGUUUUGAGUUGAUCUAACUGGUUAUUGCUAAGAACUUGCUAGCAAUAAAAAUGCUUUUUAAGGUUACAUGGAGUGCUUCAAGUGCUGUAUGUGGUUCAGAAAUACAUCAGACGGAACAUAUCCUUAAUAAAGAAUUUAAAGAACUAGGACCAAAAUCAAAAUAUUUCACAUAUGUUGCUAAUGCCUUAGGGAAAAGUAUGAAUGACUCAACUUCCAUUCCCUCCCACUUUCAUUUAUAUAAUAGUAAAAAUUGUAACUGUUAAGACUAAGGAUAUAAAGAGAAUAUAUAGAAAUAACAUAGUAAUAUUUAACCUUGAAGCAUUCAGAUUACUCUGUUAAAUGUAAUGCUUAUUUAUUUGGAUUAAUGCUGCAUUGUCUCAUAUCUUUGAAAUUUUGGUGAUGUGAUUGUUUAGUUUAGAAUGACAUUGUAAAGUAGUUGUGAGAGGCCAGUUUGAACAUAAAACAGGUAGACUUUAUGGACCAGAUAUGGUCAGUUUAAAGGCUUAAUAGCUAUAAAAAAUGAGUCGCAGAAAAUAGACAGCCUGCGUCUCUCUAGAGCAAUCGCAUCACAUGGUACAUGUAACGUCUGUGUAACACAUCAUCGAAAAGCAAGCAUACUUCCUUCUUGUAUCAAAAACAAGAAAGAAAGAAAUGGAUCUGUAUUGAUUCCACAGGCAUGUUUUAGGUAGAUCCAUCAAAAGUACUCUGAUUUCUUAGAGGGUGCCAUUGGCUGUUCUAAUAAGAUAUUAUGAAUUGCGUUAGAAUACCUGGAUGGUUACAUGUACCCAUACACACAAAAAGAAACAUGUCCUGGUUCUGAAUAGCAUUAUUCUGUGAGAGAAAUGACAGUGAUACUAUAUGUUUGGCUUCAUAAUACAAUCUUUACAUUAUCCAUAAGCCAAUUAAAAAAAAAAAAAGAGCAAAAAACAC